UCGACAGUUAUUAACUAGAUGGCAACGCUUAAGAGUCUACAACCUGUUUGAGUUUUUCUUCAUUCGUUUAUUUAUUUAUUUUACUUAGGAAAAGUGCAAUAUAUAAACUAUAAAUAUGGCUCGCUACUUUAAAGAACAGGAUAUUGAUGAAUUCCGUGAGUGUUUUUAUCUGUUUGCUCGUUCGGGCCAAAUUAACAAUUUGGACGAACUCACUGUCAUUAUGCGUUCAUUGGGCUUAUCGCCCACAAUACAAGAACUGGUUUCGUAUUUGAAGCAAAAAAACGGAAAAAUGAGUUUCGCCGACUUCCUGGACAUCAUGCAUCAACACUCAUCGGUGGAGAAUCUGCCAGAUGAAGUAAUUGCUGCCUUCAGAGCAGCCGAUCCACAGAAUAAGGGCACAAUAUCGGCCAAGCAAUUACGGAAUUUGUUGCAGAACUGGGGAGAGGGUUUGUCCGUCCGUGAGGUGGACAACAUUUUCCGGGAGGCGAAUGUCAACAACAAUAGCACCGUGCGCUAUUCAGAUUUUGUGAAAAUAGCUUGUGCUCCGGUACCAGACUAUUACUAGACGAAGCUCCUUUUGGCCAAUAGCAAAUAUCCAUUACAUUCCAGUAAUUAUUUAAAUCUUAUGCGAACUUUCGCACAAUACAAUAAAAAAAUUCACAACAAAUAAUAUUUAU